AUGGACGGCGAUGCUAUUGCCGACCAGGCUGCCUUCCAGGUCAGUCGAUGUGAGAUCCAACCUCCUCUCCAAGCAAGUUCACCUGCAUACCGACUCAGCGACUCAAUGCUCACCCAGAAGCGCAACAAUGAUGGCGAGUUCAGCCUGACCGAGGAUUUAGGCGACAAUCCGCCUCGAUAUGCAAUACUUUCGCACAGAUGGGAAGCAGAGGAGACUACCUUCAAAGAGAUGAGGGAUGGUACGGGCAAGAACAAGGCUGGUUACAAGAAGAUCCGGUUCUGCGGAGAACAGGCUGGUCGAGAUCACAUACGAUAUUUCUGGGUUGAUACUUGUUGCAUCGACAAAACGAAUAAUACUGAGCUUGCAGAGGCUAUCAACUCAAUGUUUCGCUGGUACCGCGAUGCUGUUAAAUGCUACGUCUAUCUAUCAGAUGUUCCAGAAUCUACCUCCAAUAUUGAUAGUAACUCUCACUUGCUGCCCUGGGAACCAGCUUUUCGAGAAAGUAAAUGGUUUACCCGGGGAUGGACCCUUCAAGAGCUCCUCGCUCCUACUUCAGUUGAAUUCUUCUCUCGACAUAACAAACGACUAGGAGAUAAGAGAACUCUAGAGCAAAACAUUUACGAGAUCACGGGGAUCCCAAUUUCAGCACUUAGAGGAGCCUCUCUGUCUCAAUUCGAAGUCGAUGAGCGAUUGUCGUGGGCAGAAAACCGUCAGACUACGCGCGGAGAAGAUAAGGCGUACUCACUACUAGGCAUGUUUGGCAUUUAUUUGCCGCUCAUCUAUGGCGAAGGGAAAGACCAUGCAUUCAAACGGCUUAAGAAGGAGAUUCAGAAUUCUCUAAAAGAAGAGAGCGAGCAGCAUUCUUCCGACCCUCAGAACCGGAGCUGUAUACAGGAUCUACGGAUAACAGAUCCCCGAGAGGACAAGAAGCGGAUAGAGGAAACGAAAGGCGGCCUGCUGCGAGACUCCUACCGGUGGAUCUUUGAACAUCCUGAUUUUCACAAAUGGCGUGACGACAAACAAGCUGGUGUGCUGUGGAUCAAUGGCGGACCCGGCAAAGGCAAGACGAUGCUGCUCUGUGGUAUCAUUGACGAGAUAGGCGCCUUGACAAAGCUUAAAAAUAAGGACGAAACUACUCUGCUGUCGUAUUUCUUCUGCCAGGCGACUGACACUCGCAUCAACAAUGCGAUAGCCGUGCUGCGCGGCCUCAUUUAUCUGCUCAUUAGCCAGCAGCCGUCAUUAAUCAAACAUGUACAAGAGAAGUACAGUCAUGCUGGUAAAGCCCUCUUUGAGGACGGUAACGCCUGGGUUUCAUUGUCUGAAAUAUUCACAAGCAUUCUGCAAGAUCUGGACCUGAAUAACGCCUACUUGAUCAUCGAUGCGCUUGACGAAUGCGUAGCAGACUUGCCAAAACUAUUGAAUUUCAUCGGCCAGAAGUCGUGCAUGUCUCCUCGCAUCAAGUGGGUCAUUUCUAGCCGCAACUGGCCAGAUAUUGAAGAACGACUGGAGAGAGCCGUGCGAAAGACGAUAAUAUGCCUCGAGCUGAACUCCACGUCUGUUUCGACGGCCGUAGAGACGGCCGUCGAUACUUACAUCCAGUUCAGGGUAGAUUCUUUAGCAGUGAAAAAUAAAUAUGACAGUGAUACGCGGAAUGCUGUUCAGCGCUACUUGUCGUCAAACGCACAUGGCACGUUCUUGUGGGUGGCCUUAGUCUGCCAAGAACUUGCCUCCUCAGGACGGGCAACUGAAGAAAUAUUAACUGCGUUUCCCCCUGGGCUCAAUGCCAUCUAUAGCCGGAUGAUCGACCAGAUAUACAAUCUCAAUGAUUCUAGACUCUGCAAAAGCAUCCUGGCCGUCAUCUCGAUCGUAUACCGGCCUAUUACAUUGGACGAACUGGCGUCCUUGGUUGAUAUUCCUCCUCAAAGUGCUAGAAAUUACAAUAUUUUGACAGAAACUGUAGGGCUUUGUGGCUCUUUUCUGGCAUUUCGAGAACGCACGAUCUUUUUUGUCCAUCAGACUGCAAAGGACUUUUUAAUCGGAAAAGCAGCUGAUGAUAUUUUCCCCUCUGGUAUAAGAGAUAUACACUACACCAUCUUCUCACGGUCGCUACAAGUUAUGUCCAGAACAUUACGACGUGAUAUCUAUAGCCUAGGGGCUACCGGAAUCUCUAUCGACCAAGUCAAGCAGCCCGAUCCAGAUCCACUAGCAGUAGUACGAUACUCUUGUCUCUACUGGAUUGACCAUCUGCUAGACUGUAACGUUAGAGGGAAUGCUACUGAUGACCUCAAGGAUGGUGGCUCAGUCUAUAGCUUUUUAUAUUACAACUUUUUGUACUGGUUGGAGGCGCUGAGCUUGGACAGGAGAAUAUCAUAUAGCAUAAUUAUGAUUAGGAAGCUCGAGUAUUGGCUUCAAGUCGAUGAAAGUCCCAAUUUAUAUGCGUUUAUAUAUGAAGCGAAGCGGUUUGCCCUAUACAACCGAUUUAUCAUUGAACAGGCGCCUCUUCAGUCAUAUUGUUCAGCACUUAUCUUCAGCCCGGAGAAGAAUAUUAUUAGAGUAGCAUUUGAGAAGUGUAUCCCCGCUUGGUUUGAAAGAAAGCCUAGAAUUCAAGCCCAUUGGACGGCGGUGAUCCAAACGCUUGAGGGCCACUCAGACUUAGUCUUUUCUGUUGCCUUCUCGCCGGACGGCAAGCAAGUCGUCUCGUGCUCUAGCGACCAGACUGUGCGACUAUGGGACGCUAAUACAGGAGCGGCGCUCCAGACGCUUCAGGGCCACUUGAGUUGGGUCUUUUCCGUUGCCUUUUCACCUGAUAGCAAGCAGGUCAUCUCGGGCUCUGGCGAUCAGACGGUGCAGCUUUGGGACGCUACUACAGGAGCGGCGCUCCAGACGCUCGCGGGCCACUCGGCCAGAGUCAAUUCAGUCGCUUUUUCACCAGACGGCAAACAAGUCGUCUCGUGCUCUGACGAUCAGACGGUACGUUUCUGGGACGCUACUACAGGGGCGGCGCUUCAGACGCUCUGGGGCCAUAUGAGCUGGGUCAGUUCUGUCGCCUUUUCACCUGAUAGCAAGCAGGUCAUCUCGGGCUCUGGCGAUCAGACGGUGCGGCUCUGGGACGUUACUACGGGAGCGGCGCUUCAGACAUUCGAGGGCCACUCAGACAAAGUCACUUCAGUCGAUUUCUCACCUGACGGCAAGCAAGUAGUCUCGGGUUCUGGCGAUGACACAGUGCGACUCUGGGACGCUAUAACAGGAACGGCGCUUCAGACAUUCGAGGAUCACUCAGACAAGGUCACUUCAGUCGCUUUCUCACCAGACGGCAAGCAAGUUGCCUCGGGCUCUGACGAUUACACGGUGCGGCUCUGGGAUGCUAGCAUAGGAGAACUACUUCAGACGCUUGCGGGCCACUCGGCCAAAGUCAAUUCAAUUACUUUUUCACCAGACGGCAAGCAAGUCGUCUCGGGGUCCGACGAUCGGACGGUGCGACUCUGGGACGCUACAAUUAGAGCACCACUUCAGAUGUUCGAGGGUCACUCGGACGAUGUCACUUCGAUUGCUUUCUCACCAGACGGCAAGCAGGUUGUCUCGGGCUCUGACGAUUACACGGUGCGGCUCUGGGACGCUAGCACAGGAGAACUACUUCAGACGCUCGAGGGUCACUUAGACAAGGUCACUUCAGUUGUCUUCUCACCGGACGGCAAGCAAGUCGUCUCAGGCUCUGACGAUCACACGGUGCGGCUCUGGGAUACGACAACAGGAGCGGCGCUCCAGAUGCUCUGGGGCCACUCGGAUUUGGUCACUUCUAUCGCCUUCUUAUCCGACAGCAAGCCGCCACCAACCUUACACGUUUUAAAUCAUUGGCUUGUAGAAGGCAUCACCAAAGUGCUCUGGCUGCCUCCUGAGUACCGACCCACUUGUGAAGCUAUUUGGGACAGACUCGUCGUUUUGGGACAUUCAUCAGGGAGACUUUCAUUUUUUCAGAUCAAGAAGGGGCUAAAGUUUAUUUUGUGA